AUGGCUUCUCCCAAGGCAAUUGAAGAGCCAACUGCGACACCUGCGGAUCCCACUGCAGUCGUCCAGGAGACCCCAAAGAGGAGAUGGGUCAGUUACAUCUGGGAUACAUUCGAUAAAUCGCCCGAGGAGCGACGGCUUCUCACCAAGCUUGAUGCUGCGAUUCUUACCUUUGCAUCGUUAGGAUACUUCAUCAAGUAUCUUGAUCAAAUCAAUAUAAACAAUGCAUUUGUUUCCGGAAUGAAAGAAGACCUGGGCAUGUACGAGAACCAGCUCAACUACAUGCAAGCAAGCUGGACAGUGGGCUAUGUUAUCGGCGAAAUCCCUAGCAACAUGCUCCUCACCAAGAUCCGGCCCAGAUAUUGGCUGCCGGCAAUGGAGCUGCUGUGGACGAUCCUUACGUUCUCCCAGGCGAGAUGCAACACAGCUACCCAGUUCUACGUCAUUAGAUUCUUCGUUGGUCUCGCCGAGAGUACAUUCUAUCCCGGAAUGCAGUAUCUCAUCGGGUGCUGGUACAGAAAGGACGAGCUUGCGAAACGGUCCUGCAUUUUCCACACCAGCAGUGGUAUUGCGAGUAUGUUUUCAGGAUACCUAAUGGCUGGGGUGUAUAAUUUGGGUGGAAGAGGAGGGUUCAAGGGAUGGCAAUGGCUGUUUCUCGUCGACGGUAUCAUUUCCCUCCCUAUCGCUCUAUUGGGAUUCAUCGUCCUGCCUGACGUGCCGGAGAUUUCGAAUCCAUGGUACUUAACCAAGGAUGAAGUCAAACUCUCGCAGAAACGCAUGGAGCUCGAAGGCCGAAGGAAUAGAGGACCAUAUACAAGAGCCAAGCUGAAGAAGAUCUUUACCUCCUGGCACAUCUACUUCCUCACCAUCGCAUACAUAACCUUCAACAACUCAAGCGGCGGCCAGCCAGUCUUCCAACAGUAUCUUAAAGCCUCAACCGAUCCGGUCUACACCGUCGGCCAGAUCAACGCCUACCCGACGACAACGUACGCGGUGCAAGUCGUUACGACGCUUAUUUACGCCUGGUCAUCGGACUCCUUCCUCGGCGGCCGGCGCUGGCCACCGAUCUUAGUCGGUGCCGUCUCAAACAUCAUUUGCUACACCUCGCUCGCAGUCUGGGACAUCCCGGUGGGCUGGAAGUGGACGUGCUUUAUCAUGAGUGGUGCAGGAUUUGGGCUGAGUGGGCUUCUCAUGGCAUGGGCCCAUGAAAUUUGUUCCGACGACAACGAAGAGCGUGCCCUAGUCGUUGGAAGCAUGAACGAACUCGCGUACGUCUUCCAGGCCUGGCUCCCGCAAGUGGUGUGGCAGCAGAUAGACGCGCCGCAGUAUAGGAAGGGUUAUAUCACGGGGACGAUUAUGUCUACUCUCUUGAUUAUCACGACGUUUACGGUCCGUUGGCUACAGCACUGGGAGGAUGGGAAAAAGGGGGAGAUUGAGGCUGAGUCGGACACGACGGACACUGUUGGUGAGCCCGUGGACAGGGUUUCGAGUCGGGCGGCGGAGAAUGUAGUGGUUAAUGCGCAGGGGAAGUUGUGA